CGACUACAACAGCUAGAAGAAGAUUUCGUGGUUGUGUAUUUCAAAAUUUCGUACAAUUCGUCCGUCUGGCAAACACCUUCUUUCUACUAACGAGAAUUCAGACUGACCUUCGUUACCUCUAACUCUCAUCGUCGAGUGCAGGAGUCGAGUGAUUUCGAUCUGAUCUCUGUUUGACGGUCGUCGAGUGACAGUCACUGCGCAGCGAGAAUCGCCAAUAUUGCCAAGACAAUGUCUGAAGUUGAGGCUCAAAUGGCUUCGGAAGAGGAGAGCAAAAUGGAGGCGACCAACGGCGAUGGAACUAUCGACUCGGGCACCAACGGAUCCACGGGCGCGACGAAUGCCGAUGCUGAGGAACGGAAGCUGUUUUGCGGUGGUCUUUCCCUCGACACGACGGACGCUGAUCUCCGUGAGCAUUUUAUGACCUACGGUGAAAUAGAGCAAUGUACGAUCAAAAUGAAUCCGGUGACGAACAAGUCGCGCUGCUUCGGAUUCAUCACGUUCGCCACGAAAGAGGCGCUUGAAGCAGCAAUUGCUGUGUCACCGCACACGGUCAAGGGAAAACAAAUUGAUCCAAAACCAGCCAAGGCUCGUCCUGGUGCUAACAAGGUCUUCUGUGGUGGUCUUCCGCCAGAAACAUCGGAGGAGGACAUUCGUGCUCACUUCGGUCAAUUCGGCAAUAUCGAGAAUCUCGAAAUGCCGAUGGAUAAGGAGAAGAAUGUCAGACGAGGCUUCAUUUUUGUCACGUAUGAAACCGUUGCUGCUGCCGAGGCUGCCGCCAAGAAGCCAAAACAGAUAAUUGGCGGAAAGGAAUGUGAUGUGAAAAAGGCUACACCUCGCAGCGUCAACAAUGAUGGAUUCCGGGGUGGCUGGAAUGGAUUUAGCAUGCGAGGUGGCCGCGGCGGGGGCCGAGGUCGAGGUGGUUUAGGCCGCGGGGGCUACGGCGCUAGCCAGGGCUGGGCUGGUUAUGGUGGAGGAUACGGCGCGUACGACGCCUACGCCGGAGGUUACGGCGGAGGCUACGACGGUUAUGGUGGCGGAUGGGGAGCUCAGGGGGGCUACGGAGUCAACCAAUGGCAGCAAACUGGCAGCUAUGGUAAGCAGCAGGGCCGUGGAGGCCGCAAUACCGGCUACCAUCCGUAUCGUUAAGACGAAUCUGAAGCCGAUGUAGUGGAAGGAACGAUGAUUGAAAUACAAUAAGCGGUAACGUGCGAUCGAGCGAAACCGCAAAGCGGCGAUCAUCGUUGAGGACGGGAUUUGGGAAGGAAAAUUUGGUUGAACGACGAAAUUGUGAAAAUGGAAAACAUUGAGAACGAAGUUCAGUACGUGAAGAGUGGCCGGGAAAAAAGUUGAACUUUACAGAGCAAGAUGAAAGAAGGAAGUGAAGAGGACACGGACAGAUCGGGACGCUGUAAUUAGUAAACACACGAGCUCGAAGAAAUCGGUUUCCAACAGCUAGGGAUAGAUAUGUAGUAUGGAGGGCUGGACAAAACGCAUUCAUUAAUUCAUCUGUGCAUCAAACACACAAGACGUAAUUCACAUAAAUAUUUUUGUUCGCGAAGCGAAACUCAAUGAAGGACACGGUGUCAAAACAAAAGUAACAAAAAUUAUAAUUAUAAUAAAACAACAUGGGGUUAACCACGGGGGUGCUGGUGUCAAAAAGACGGUGCUCGGAGCCGUCUUCGUUAAUGGAAAACGGUGACGAACUAGAAUCCUACCUACCGAAGCCAGGACAAAUAAACAACCAGAUCAAGUAAUUAUGGGUUUAGCGCCAUGUUGGGGGUACAUUCAUAUAUAUAUAUAUAUAUAUAUGUGUAUGAAAUUUAUUAGCAGCAAGAAAGCAGAAAUAGCAGCAACAACGUAAGCAGCGCAAAUAAAAACAAUAAGCAAGAUAAUAUGCGAUAGGAGAAAUAACAGUGAAUUGAACAAUCAGGCAGCUGGUAUACUAAGUGUUCAGGGUUCGGUUAAACAAAAAUGAACUUAACAGAAGUAUUACCCCAAUACCCCUAUUUCAGUUAUUAUCGUUAUUAUUAUUAUUGGGAACACCAAGAAAUGGAACUGAAUUUGUAGAGAGCAAAAUGAGCGAAGAACCGCAGACUCGUAUAUUUUAUGAGCGCUUGCAGUAAGAGGAUAGUGGUCCCCUUUUGCGCAUGUGCUUUGAUUAUGAAUCCGCGGUGCUAUUUAGCGACAGCGACGACUUCUGCGUAUGGACGUGAAGUUUGCCUUUGUGUAAAAGCUUUCCGUACGUCUGUGUAUCCGUGAGUGUAUAGAUAUGUAAUGCAUUGUCAUUAUCGACGGCGGCACGUUUUUAAGGUUGUUUCUGAAAACCGCUCUAGAGGGACGACUGUGCGGAUUAGCAGAUAGCUAGCUAUGUCGCCUGUGCAUGCUUAAUUGGCUUCCAUUAUCCUCGCAUAUUGCCAGCAGAACAUCGUGCAUACCUAAAACUGGAACGAAAUUAAUGGCAAAUGUUCGCUUUUGCGAUUUUCGGUUUCUCUGCUAAGCUACAUAGAACACGGGAGCCUGCGACUCACGUACGGAUCAUUCGCAGUUGUCGUCAAAAUAUUGCAAAAUGAUUUUUCUGUGAAAUUAUUUGCAACAUUAUCGUUUACCAAUGGACGUAUCUGCUACUCUCUGUUGCAUGUAUUACGUUUAAUUUCAUAUCGAAGUUCCGAAUUUUGCUGUAGCAAUCAUCUCGUUUUUUGUCAAUAUGCUGGUAAUACUAUAAAAUCAUUAGGCGUACUGAAAAUAAAGCAGUAAUGGCACAGGCAAAACGAAGCGAAGCGGAAACUGUACCAAGGAGGAGGAGGAGGAGGACAGCGUUGCUGUAGCUCCGUCUGCUGAAUAACAACAACACGGGAAGAAGUGGGGCUAUGAGAUCGACUUGCUGCUGCUAGUUACGACGUGCAGAAUAGGCGUAGGUGUAUACAUCAGCGUCAAUACAAUAACAUAGAUGUAAUAGAAUUUGGUUGACGAAUAGAAUAUGACGACGGGAAUAACGAAAAUCGAUGAGGCCGAUGUGUAAAAAAAAUAAAGCUCUCCAACCUAUGUUUUCUGUUUCGGGCACAUGGAUGUAUAUACUGCCCCCUAAGACCUGUAUGAUGCUAAAUAAAACUAUUCUAAGGGAAACGUC